AUGAUGGAUGUGCGGCUUAUCAUAUCAGGGAUUGCGAUGUUUAUACUGAUGAAAUAUCCUACUUCCUCAUGCCUUGAUAUCAGCAUACACCCGUCUACAGUUUGUUACCAGGAGCACGAGGAUGUAGUAUUGAGAUGUACGUUCAGCGACAACAACACCACUGACGCAAAAUUCGUAUUUAAACCACGGGACAGGUCAGAUGUUGUCCAUCAACUUAAAUCCGUAGUUGUGAACUCGGACACAAUUGAAACCAGAAUUGAUGACGUCACAAUACCAAAUAACACAGGAACGUAUUUCUGUACUCGAGAUGCUGAUAAUAAACGUCAAAUUACAUAUAUAGAAGGGAGUGUGGUUUUGCCAGGUCAGAUUCAGUGUUAUUUUGAUGAGAGCCAUCUGUCUGUGAUUUGUGAGUGGAUAGGAGGGAAUGCCACUUGUUGGAAUCUUUCCAUAGUUAACGCUGGCAUGGGGGUUUAUGAGACAGUGAAGGAAUGCAAUGUAUCGACAAUAUGUAACGGGUUAUCUCCCCUGACUCACUGUGUACAAGCAAGGUAUGAGACCCAAACUAAGGUGACUGCUGUCUGCCCAGUCCCUCCUUCAGGUGAAUCAGCGAUUGACUUCAAAUUAACAGGUGUGAAGAUGACGUCUACAGCUAGCAAGGUCAUCCACAAGGUGUUAGAUUGUUCAACAGUAAAAUUAUCUGUUAGCGCAGCACAUAUUCAGAAUUCUAGCACCCAUUCAGUUCUUGCAUGGAGAACCAAUAGUUUCUCACUGAAAACCUGUGACUGCGAUAUACAGUGUGUGAUAACCACAAACAACAGUGCACCUAUCACAGUCAACCAGAAAUGUUCUUCUGACAAUCUUUUCAUGGUGACGUUAGAGAAACUGCAAGAAACCAAGGCUUACUCCAGUACAAUAAGGUGUCACGUGAUUAGUUCUGAUGUCUGGAGUGAUGAUGUCUAUGUGACAUUCACAACACCUUUAACAGCCCCUUUGACUGGUCCUCUGGUGGGCCAGGGAGGGUAUGAUAUGUACGUCUGUCAAAAGGACUUCUACUGCCUAGCUCUGUACUGGAAGGUUUUAGAGGAGAAUAUAUCCAGGUUUAAGAUACUGGUUUCUGACAGAACCCAAAGUAAAGAAUUCAUUGUUCCAAAUUCAUCUGUGGGAAAGGUUCGUAUUCCGAAGACAAGCAUAUGUCAACAGUUCAAUAUCAGUAUCUACAGCGUGAACUCUGUAGGAAAAUCACAGAAUGCAACCAUUCUUCAAGUGGCGGAUCCAUUGUGUGGUCGACAUCGCCCCACAUCAUGCGCAAUUCAUUACAGCAAGAACUCACACGGAUAUUCAGUGAUUGCUACCACUCCAUGUAUAAGAGACAAGAGUUGUGAUAUCAUAUACUACUGGUGUCAGGGGACUAAGCAUGGUCCUUAUGUUGAUUGUCAGAGCUAUGUAAACUGGACCAAAGCAAACCGAAAUGAUUCGUCGACAUUGAUUCCACUUCCCCGGAGAAAGGGUAAUGGUACCGUGUAUAUAGGUGUAGUUGUCAGUCAGGGUGGUCAGUCUGACGCAAUAGACUGGGAUGUAUGUUUACAGAGCACUGAUAAUCAAGCAAACACAAGAACUACAUCCGAGUCUUAUAUCCUUUUCAUCAUUCCUAUCUUCCCUAUAAUUCUAAUACUGCUGGGGAUCUUACUGAAAUGGCGAGGAGGUCUCAGGGAGAAGUUAUGGAACGUGUUAAAGAAAUGCUCUAGGAGAAAUACAACAUCUCUGGGCAACAAUCAGGAAAGUCCCUCAACACAAAAUGGAAUCCUCAAUGCUGGGCAGAUGUCUGACACACAAAUGCAAUCUUUGGAGGGUUACUAUGAACCUGUAGACAGCAAUAUCUAUCAUUCCAUACCCUCAACUAUAUUGUCUACAGACACAGCAGAUCAGAACCUUAACUCUAAGUGUUCUGUUACAAUAUCAGGUUUGGAUCAAGCUCCUCAAACAUAUCCGAAAAGCGUUUCCUCAAUUACAACAAAUGAAAGCUCGUCAAAUGGACUACAAUCACAGGAAUCGACUUAUAUGGAUGUGAAUGUGUUAUGUCACAAUAUGGAUAAUUCUGAAACUUAUAGGAAAACCGUAAUGGAAGAUUAUGACUACUGCAAGGUGGGUGAGUGUGAUGGAUUCUCCGAAAACAGCGAAACGUUCGAGAAGAAAAUUGGAAAUCUCUAUGAAGCUUCAGAACAUGAUCAGGUGUUUAAUAACAUGGACUACAUAGGAAACAUGGAAUGUUGGGAAGAUUACUCCCCCAUUACAUCAAUGUGUUCUAAUAGAAGCAUAUCUUCUGAAAAAUUAAUCAGAGAAAAACAGCUUCCAGAAGAUUUAAAAAUUCCAAAAGUGCUUCUUCCUGGAGAAGGAUGUGAAUGUGAACACAUACCAAUAACAAAUCAAAGCGAACAAGUUGAGCUUCAACCCGUGGUUCAUUCAGUAAAUACUGACAAUAAAGAUUCAGCUGAUGAUCGAAAUGCAUCAAAAGAAUUUUCCAGUGAAAAUAACAGAAAAACUGAUUUGUUAAAAAACGAAUUAGAACUUAGUGACGAUCAUUGCAAUGAUUACGUAAAAGCGGAAGGACCAAUCGGAGAGGAUUUUACAACUGGCGAGUUUGACUACGUAGUCAUGUAAAUAGAAAUAAAAUUCUCAAGUCCAUCACCAAGAUUUCAAAUUAACUUUGGGUUGUUCUCUCUUUAAACGACUGGGCAUUAAAACUUACUAGUAUCUUUAAGAGAUUUUUAAACUG